GUCACGGCACUCUUCGUCUUCAAAAAUUAAAUUUGAAUUAUCGAGCUAUGAAAAAUACAACUAUGACCAUAACGUUACAUUUUACAUUUGAAUUUCCCUCUUAUCGCCAUUUGUCAGAGGAUAUAAAUACGGUAGCGCCAUCAAAAAUGAUACAUACCUACGUUCGCGUGGUCACGCAACAACAUAUUUAAAUUAAACGGAAAACUUGUAAUGAACGAUAGCAGAGCGAAUUAUUUGUGGAAGAAAAAGUCUUCAUUUUUGUUAAAUUCUUCCCUGCUACGUACAAAACAUUUGUUGCAUAUUGUAAGAACGCAAUAUCGUGAAAGAUUUAAAUAAAAUGGCUGGUAUAUUCAAUUUGUUUGGUAGUGCAUUCGAUCUCGACAAAGAUCAAGUCGCAAAGCCGUUGUCAAGAGCAAAUACAACUCUUGGAAUUGGUGGAACUUCUUUAAAAUCAAUCAAUCAGCCAAAGCCAAAAGGAUUGUCUAUGAGAUCUAACUCGAGUUUAAAUGUACCUAGCGAAUCACAUUUGAAUCAAGGCUCAUACAACAAACAACAAAACAAUUUAAAACCAAAUUUAACACAAUUAGACAGCAAUGGUCGUCCAAUAUCGCCACAUAGAGAAUUGCUGAAGAAACCAAAUGUCCAGUUUCACAAAAUGAGCAAUCUGUUUCCAAAGAAAAUAUCGGAGAAACAGAAUGUGCAAUUACGAAAACCAUCUGGAGAAUUUUCCUUUAAGAAACCAUUGACACCAAAGAAUAUAAUUCAGGAAUCAUAUCCUGAUCCAGAGGAAUUGGCACAUUAUUAUGAUAUGCAGUUUGAUUUUGAUCAUUUUUAUACAAUAGAAGCAGAAAAGGAAUUUAGAAAAAUAUUAAUGAAUAAGAAAAAUAAAGUGCUGCCAUAUGAGGAUGAAGGAUUUCAUUCAGAUCCAGAAUUAAUAACAUGCGAAUUUCCCAUGCUACGUGUAUCAUUUGAUUCUGAUUAUGAAGAAAGGGAAAAUAACGUGACAGUUAAUUUACCAGAAUUAUCUGAUGAUGAUAUCUUUUAAUUUAAUACCACACGAUACUUAUGUAGCUUAAGACAAUUUUCUAAUAUUUUAUAAUAAUCAGAUGAUGAUAUCUUUUAUUUAAUACUAUGAUACUUAAGUAAUUUAAGACAAUUUUCCAUUAUUUUAUCUAAGAACAAUUAUACGAGAAGUUUAUGUUAAGAAGAUUUUUGUGAAAGGUAUUAUAUUUUGUAUACUUAACUAUUGUAUCAUUACAAAUACUAAUAAGUCAUAAAUAAAAUAUUUGCAUAUGUAACGA